AUGCCUGAGAACGGUUCCUUCGCCAACUGCUGCGAGGAGGGCGGCCGAGCGGAGAGCCGGGUCUGGACUGGGGCAAGAGGCGCCCGGCCCUCCGGGACCCCCCGGCCGCCCUGGGUGGCGCCCGCGCUGUCCGCCGUGCUCAUUGUCACCACCACGGUGGCCAUCGUGGGCAACCUCCUGGUCAUCCUCUCGGUGUUCGGGAACCGCAAGCUCCGGAACGCAGGUAAUUUGUUCUUGGUGAGUCUGGCAUUGGCUGACCUGGCCUUGUACCCCUACCUGUUAAUCCUCUUGGCCAUCUUCCACGACGGCUGGGCCCUGGGGGAGGCACGCUGCAAGGCCAGCGCCUUUGUGAUAGGCCUGAGCAUCAUCGUCUCCAUCUUCGACAUCAUCGCCAUCGCCAUUAACUGCUACUGCUACGUCUGCCACGGCGUGACCUACCACCGCAUCUACUGCCACUGGCACACCCCCCUCUCCAUCUACCUUGUCUGUCUCCUCACCCUGCUGGCCCUGGUACCCAGCUUCUUCGUGGGGUUCCUGGAGUAUGACCCACACAUCUACUCCUGCACCUUCAUCCAGACGGCCAGUGCCUGGUACCCGGUGGCAGUGGUGGUCAUCCACUUCCCCCCCAUCGCUGUUGUGUGCUUCUGUUACCUGCGCAUCUGGGUGCUGGUGCUCCGGGCCUGCAGGAAGGUCAGGUCGGAGAACAAUCCAUGCCUGUGGUCCAGUAACAUCUGAAGCUUUCUGACCACGUUCGUGGUGUUUGUGAUCUUUGCCAUCUGCUGGGCACCGCUGAACUACAUCAGCUUUGCUGUGGCCAUCGACUCAGAAGUGGCUCCCUAGGUCCCAGAGGGCCUCUUUGUCACUAGCUACUUCCUGGUUUAUUUCAACAGCUGCUUUAAUGCCAUCGACUAUGGGAUCCUGAACCAGAACUUCUACAGGGAAUACAAGAAGAUCGAGCAGGGGAGGCUGCCGGCGAACCUGCAGCGACCCAGGCCUGGGCUCGACUUGCCUGUGGCACAGGGUGUGGGAUGUGGAGGCUGUCACUGGAUGCAGCCUGGGGUGGACUUUGGGCCAGAGCCAAGAUUUCUCCAUGCCGACAAGAAGGGUAUCAUGGCACUUCCGCACCACAAGACCAUCAAAACCAAGUUCAAAUUUUACGAGAUCAGCAAGUGUCUCCAAGAUACAGAAGAGGAACAGCAACAAGGGACAGGUUUUGGGGAGAGAAUAAUGAUCAUGUGUGGGACACUAGAGCCAGUGGACAGCUGGAUGGAUCUGUCUGUCUGGAGCUCAGGUGAGAACUCCUGGCUGGAGAGAAUAGAUCUGGAGUUGCCAUUAUUCUAA